AUUUUUUUUUUGCAAUUAAUCACAAAUUUACAAGAACCUUGGAGUGUGUUGAAGCACACUGUCUUCAGUCUUUUAAACAAACAUCCACGUGGAAUUGUUAAAUUGUUGUUAAAUUUUUAAUAGUGUAUUAUUAAAUAGUACAACAAAAAUGGUGUUGGAUAUUGAUUUGUUUCGCAAUGACAAGGGUAAUGAUCCUGAAAAAAUUAAAGAAAAUCAACGUAAACGUUUUAAGGAUGUUGGUCUUGUUGAAGCUGUCAUUGAAAAGGACAAGCAAUGGCGACAAAUUCGUCAUCAAGCUGAUAAUUUAAAUAAAUUAAAAAAUUUAUGCAGCAAAAUAAUUGGUGAAAAAAUGAAAAAAAAAGAAGCACUUGGUGAUGAAAAUGAAAAAUUACCAUUUGAAAUAACAAAUGAUAUGAAUGAUGUAACACAAGAAAAUCUUAAAUCAAUAAGUGUUAAUCAAAUUAAAAAAAUUCGUAGUAUAAUUGAUGAUGGAAUUGCAAAAAAUGCCCAAGAUUUAAUAAAUACUGAAUCAGAAAGAAAUUCAGCAUUACGUGAAGUUGGUAAUCAUUUGAAUGAGACAGUACCAGUUAGUAAUGAUGAAGAAGAAAAUAAAGUUGAAAGAACAUUUGGUGAUUGUACACAAAAAAAAAAAUAUUCUCAUGUUGAUUUAAUUCAUAUGAUUGAUGGUAUGGAUGGUGAACGUGGUGCAGCUGUAUCUGGUGGUCGUGGUUAUUUUUUAACUGGACCAGCUGUUUUUUUGGAAAUGGCAUUGGUACGUUAUGCAUUAGAAAAACUUGAUGCUAAAGGUUUUAAACCAAUGUAUACACCAUUUUUCAUGAGAAAAGAUGCCAUGCAAGAAGUUGCACAAUUAGCACAAUUUGAUGAAGAACUUUACAAGGUCAUUGGUAAAGGUAGUGAAAAAGGUGAAGAAAAAGAACUUGAAGAAAAAUAUUUAAUAGCAACAUCUGAACAACCAAUUGCUGCAUUUCAUAGAAAUGAAUGGAUUCCUGAGGCAUCAUUGCCAAUUAAAUAUGCUGGUACAUCAACAUGUUUCCGUCAAGAAGUUGGAUCUCAUGGUAGAGAUACUAGAGGUAUAUUUCGUGUUCAUCAAUUUGAAAAAGUUGAACAAUUUUGUUUAACAUCACCACAUGAUAAUAAAUCAUGGGAAAUGUUUGAUGAAAUGAUUGCAAAUGCUGAAGAAUUUUAUCAAGAUCUUGGUAUACCAUAUCGUAUUGUUAAUAUUGUAUCUGGUGCAUUGAAUCAUGCUGCUGCUAAAAAAUUAGAUCUUGAAGCUUGGUUUCCUGGUUCUAAUGCUUUUCGUGAAUUAGUAUCAUGUAGUAAUUGUUUAGAUUAUCAAGCAAGACGUCUUUUAGUCAGAUAUGGACAGACUAAAAAAAUGAAUGCAGCUGUUAAUUAUGUACACAUGUUAAAUGCAACAAUGUGUGCAGCAACUCGUGUUAUUUGUGCGAUUUUGGAGGUCAAUCAAACUGAAACUGGCAUCAAGGUGCCAAAGGUUAUAUCAUCAUACAUGCCACCAAGAUAUCAAGAUGAAAUACCAUUUGUCAAACCAGCACCAAUUGACGAGGAAGAAAAGAAAAAACAAAAGAAAACAAAAUAAUUUAUUAAUUAUUAUUAAUAAAUUUACUAUUUUUUUUUUUUCAUCAUUCAACUUUUUUUGCAUUUAUACGUAUUGUCGUCGUCAAGGUUGCUUUUUAUAUGAUAUAUAUUUUUUUUAUUGAAAAUUCAGUAGAAAAAUAAAUAACACAACAACAAAUUAA